AUGGGAGUUGAGGGGCGCCCCCCCAGAGGGUUUCCCGGGAGUCCCGAGUUCGUGGACCGACCAGAGGUGCUUGUGGCCCCCUGCGGGUCCACUUCAAAACCCCCCACCCCCCCCCUGGGCCCCAAAGGUUUUCACCGGGGACAGCUAAGGGGGAGGGUGUCCCUGGGGGUUCCCAUGGCAGUCUUCCCCGAUUCACAGAACUCACAACCUGAGGGACUCAGUUUGCUCUGUGGGACUCUUCAAGCGCGUAACAUCAAAGACGUAGCCCAUAUUUUGGGUUUGUCAGAUCGGGAAAGUCGUAGAGGAUUGUUGGCAACAGGAGCCAUGAACUCGAUCAAAAGGAAAUUUGGAGAUGUGGUCCCCUAUGCAGAAGGCCCAAGCUUGGCAGGACCGUGUGUCCAAUGGGGGUUACACCGUGAGACUGGCAUGGACCUGUUAUUUGCAAAACCGGGAUCCCAACUCAGGCUUUUGGGCCACCUAGUUUUCCCCUGUGGACGACCCUGCCACCAGGGUUCUCUGCAAAACCCAACCCGGGGGAGGAGACCUGAGACGACCGGAGAUCAUGGGUUGGGCAGCUCGAGAGACCCGCGCAAGGGAAAUUUGAGACCCCCUCAUAUCCGGGCCCCGGGCCCAACUCGCGGCGUCCUCGUCCACACUCCACAGAUUCGUCCAGGUCUUUCUCGUCCCCAGUCCUCAAAUCUUUAUCCCGGGUCUACGGGGGUUUGGGGGAGGGGGCACUCGGGGGGGCUGAUACCGCGCUCGAGCUCCCCGGGUUUACCCGGGUCUGCAGGGUCCCCCCAGGCUCGCCUAGACAGCAUCCGGGGCGACUGGUACCUGCGGCAAAGGGGAUGGUUCGCGGAUUACGGGGAGCCGGCAGAUCAGCGAACCAUCACCUUGCGAGGUCCCGUCCCCCCAGGAGCUGUGAUAGGCGAGCGGGGGCCCCUGCAGUCGGUCAACCCGGAGCUCGUAGCGCGGGUAUCAGCCCCCCCGAGAUCCCCGCCCCUCCCCCAACGCCCGUAG